AUGGAACCCGGAAGUGUGUCUUGUCAUGAGACAUUGUUAAUCUGGCUAAGAUGUCUGUGUUCGCUGUCUGGGUGCUCUCUAUCUGCCUGCUUUUAGUGCAGGGAAGUCCCGUUCAGAAAAGCGAUGGGGAACCGGUACCGCUUGUUAUAUGGCACGGAAUGGGUAAGCAACAAAGCCUUCUUCAUUUCCACUAAUUGUAUUUAUUAGUUUGCAGGUCUUCCAAUACUUUUCUGCAUUUUACCCUAGGGGAGAUACGUCUUUGAUUUAAAAAAAAUUUUUUUUUGUAAACGGAUUUUGUACCUACGUUUCUCUUUGUAUUUAUUAUUAUUAUUAUUAUUGUGUACUUUACCAGGUGACUCUUGCUGUAACCCCUUCAGUAUGGGAGCCAUUAAGAAAAUGGUCGAAAGGCAGAUUCCUGGGGUUUAUGUGCUUUCUCUGGAGAUUGGGAACAGUAUUACUCAGGUAUGACCGGGCACACUAUGGAGGGCAGGAUUUCAGUAUGUUGCCUGCUUUGCCAUAAUGUGUGAUGUCCAGCAGAACUUAAUCUAAUUUUCUUAUAGGACAUGGAAAAUAGUUUCUUUCUCAAUGUGAAUGAGCAGGUGGCUAGAGUUUGUGAGCAGCUAGCAAAAGAUCCCAAGCUACAGCAGGGCUACAACAGCAUGGGAUUCUCACAAGGGGGUCAGUUCCUGUAAGUGUCAUUUUGUGGAGUGUUAUAACAGUGGAGCUGGAUUAAAAAAGAAAAAAUCUAUGCUAACCCUUGUCUCAUGUUUUCUCAGGAGAGCUGUGGCCCAGAGAUGUCCUUCUCCUCCCAUGCAUAACUUGAUCUCCAUUGGUGGCCAACAUCAAGGUAUUGCCAGUAUUGGAACAGAAAAUUGUGCUAAAUUUGUAUUUAACAAUGUUUUCAUUAGUAAUUUAGAACACUGGAAAUUUGCAUAGGCAUAAAAGGCUAAAUUUGGAGAAAAUUAUUUCAACCCUUUUUACUCCAUGUUCAGUUGUGAUACAGGAAAUAUGUAUGGGAAAAAUGCUCAAUUUAAAAUGUACUUAAAACUAAUGGUACAUGAUGAUGAUAUUUGCAUUAUGGCAUGUGGGGUCCAUAUUGCCACAGGAUUCUAGAAAAUAAAGCAAAUACUCCAGCACUUUGCGAGAGACACAGUAAUGGUAGUUCACAAUCUGCUAGUGUUGCAAAUGGAGCACAUUCCUCUCUUUGUGUAUUGGUUACAGCUGUCCUAUUCUUUGAGUACAGGGGUGAAAUGCUUUGGUUGUGAAAGGACCUGUCAUAUGCCCUUACACUUUGGUUGCGUUGCAUACCUUAUUUUUAUACUUGUACACACUUUUUGUAGAGAUAAAAUAGAGCAGUGGUCCUCAAUUCUUUGCUCCGUAUCCAUUGUAAUUCCAUACUACCUUAACUGCCUCACUCUUUUUUUUUUCAAUCUGCCACCUUCCUUUAUUUUAUUUUUUCUUUCUUUUUUUUUUUAUCUUUCACAAACCUUUUAAAACCGGCCUAUACAAAAUGUGUCCUAUGCAGGGCCGUCUUUCCCCAUGGGCACACUGGGCAGUUGCCUGGGGGCCCCACCCCGCUGCCCAGCGUGCCUAGGCAGAUUGGAGAUCAUUUGAUCUCCCCUACCGGCCCAUGGAGAGCCGGCCCUGUUUAAUGGUUGUGGGCCAUCUCUGGCUUGUGAGGAGAUAAGAGAUCUCUCUCAUCGGCCCAAGGCCCUUUCGAUCGGGGCGGGAGGACCCGGAGGCAGAGGGAGGGACCUGGGAAGCAGAUCGCAUCUCCCACAAGCAGGCUAUGUGGAGCGUUACCAUGACAAUGCUCCACGCAGCCUUCUGCAUGCAGUAGUACAGGAGAGUCUGCAGCCAGACGAGCUGCAGACUGCAUAGAACUUACCAUCAAUGGACCACCAUUGGCUGAGUCCCCCGCUUCUUUACCAAAGGUAAGAAGGGAGGGGGGAAAUGAAGAUUUUAUUAAUGUAUAGGAUUAUUAAUAAAACUAAAUUAAAAAAAAAAAAAUCUUUGCUACCUGCCCCCCCUCAAACUCUGCAACAUGCACCCCUCAGUGUGUGUGUGUGUGUAUUCAGCGGACUAUACAUAUUUAGCAGUCUGUGUGUGCGUGUAUUUAGCGCACUGUGUGAGUGCGCGUGUGUAUUCAACAGUCGGUGUAUGUAUUGCAUUUGUUGGAGAUACUAAUAAAUAUAAGCUUAAUUUUAUCUAUAAUUUAAAUUUUUUAUCCUGUGAGUUGUGUGUAGGCAGGGAACCAGUGCACUGCUCUAACCAGGGGCCCCUAAUGUUUAGAUAACACUGGUCCUAUGAUUGCCAGCUUGUCAACACCAAAAAUUACAGACACAAACACACACUCACAGACACACAUGCUGAUAUUGACAGAUACGCACAUUCCUCUCACACACAGAAAUUAUUUCCUUUCCCUGGGUCCAGUAUGGCUGCUGUAAUUUUCAAGCUUUCUUGCUGUGCUCCCUUGAGCACUGUUAAUAAUGAUUUAUCCACUGACUGUAAGUUGGAGCAAGGAACUUCCUGGCACAAUUAAAACUUUAUACCAGUAAAGUUGUUAUAGUGUCCACGGUAUUCCUUUAACCAACCUAUAUUGCCUUCACCUUGGAGAGGUGUGUUGUGUUUUUUUUUUUUGUUUUUUUUUAAAUAUUCUUUUAUCUUUUUAUCCUUAACCAGAAUAAAGAUGGCAACAAGCCUGGUAUAAUCAACACCAUAAACUUAUUUGUCCUCAGAACGCCUUCACCCUAUAAUUUAGCUUAAGCAGCUGAUAGCAUCCAUGUAAUAUGCCUAGAACUGAUUUUACUGUCCGACUAUAAAUGGGGCACUCUGGACAUAUAGCCACUAUUAUAUUGCCUAUAGUCUGUGUGCCUUCCCUGGUUUUAUGUCAAAAUGUUCAGGAGAUGUCUAUCAACACAAAUGGUGUUCUCCUUGACACCCCAGAGUCUACCCAUUCAGUGCAGCUCAAUUAGACAUUUUUGCAAGGCAGGUGCUCUGGGCAAUUGCUGCCCCUCGAGUUUAGCUUCACUGAGCUAAACAAACCAGGAAGUAGCAUGAUCUGUUGUCUGACAGCCAAGGAUGCGUAACAAGAUUAGUUUAAAAAAGUGCUUAUUUCUAUUGAAAUCUGCACUUUUGUAAUAUGGGGAAGACAUACUCUUCACACAGAAAGCAUUUCAGCAAGCAAAAGUGCUCCAGGGCUCUGAAGUGUUCCUUUUUCUACCACCAAAGAGCAUUAUUUCCCUGCAGGCACACUUACUCCAUGCAAUAUUUUUAUAAAGGCUUUCAUUAAGAUUGUCUGUCUGUGUACCAUGUGUCUAGGUGUAUAUGGCCUCCCCCAUUGUCCUGGAGAAGUGUCCCAUAUAUGUGACUGGAUAAGAAAGCUGCUGAAUUCUGGAGCCUACACCAAACCCGUACAGGAACAGUGAGUUUUCGUGGGAAUACUUUCUAUGUUGAGGAACAGAGUUGCAAAGUCUCUAUCUUAACACAAAACCUAUGUGUGCAUUUCAAUACAGUCUGGUGCAAGCAGAAUAUUGGCAUGAUCCGCUCAAUGAAGAGGCCUACCAAAAGAACAGCAUUUUCCUUGCCGAUAUCAAUCAGGAGAGAGUGAGUGAUCCAUUUAUGUAAAAUAUCACAAUAUGUUUGUUUGAGACCUUAAACUCACUAAAAAUAACAUAUUUAUUUACAGAAAGCCUCAUUAUGAUGGUGAACUCAAUCUAAGAGUCCCCAGACAGCAAGAAAUCUUCUCUCUCUUCCUGCAGUCACAAACGCAUUGGUUUCAUUCCAGAUCACAUAUAUUGAUCAUGAAUGAAAAUAUAGGGCUCAUUUGUGUGAAACAAACACUGACAUACCUGUUUGGUUUUAAGCAAACCAGACUUACUGGAGUAGAAAACUUGUCAGUAGAGGAUGCAAAUGUAUUUUAAAGCGACACUUAAUGAAGGUUUUUGAUUAUGUAUUUAAAUAUAAAUGGGUACAAACAAACAAACAAAAACUAAACAAAUUAGCCACUUUGCAUACCCUCCUUGUUGCUUACUCUGCAUCAAGGAUGUUGCUGUUUAAAUUAGUACUGAGCAUACACGUAAGUGCAUGCAUAUCCUGCUAGUGACGUGUGAUGACAUUAACACAUGUACACAGUAGAUUCCAAUGCAUUCCUUUGAAAAGUGCUGAGGCAUGUAUAGUAAUCUCACCCAUUCACCUUUUUUUUUUUUUUUUGUGUGUGUGUGUGUGUGUGUAUUGAUAAUGCCCCUGCAGGCUCACUUCUCAAUUCUCUGCCAAUUAGAUAAAUCACUUUUAUUUCUCUUUUAUGCAGCCAUAGCCACAUCACCCUUGGCUUGACUCACCCAGAACCUGCAUGGAAAAAUAAUGAUUUAAUUUUCAAUAUGGAUCUUACAGCACAAUGUGCUAACUUUUUGGUAGUUUUUAUCUUCUGCUCUGUUAAUUGAACUUUUAGCAUGCACAAGAGGCUCCUGCGGGCUUUUAACAGGAGAUAAAUUAAACAGAUUGUGCAAAAAAGAAAGUUUUAAAGGGACACUAUAGGCAAACAGAUCACUUCAACUCAUUGAAGUGAGGUGUCCCUGAACCCUACAAUGCUAAUUAUUGCAGUUUUUAAGAAACUGCAAUAAUUCGAUAGGUGGGUUAACUCCACCACUAACGGCUGUCUACCAAACAGCCACUAGAAGGACUUCUGGGCCAUUAGGCGACUUUUAGUCGCCUAACUGAUGCUGGACAUCCUCACGCUAUGCAUGGGGACGUUCAGUGUCACCCAAAACCACAUAGGUAAGCAUUGUAUAAUGGUUUCCUAUGGAGAAAUCCUAAUGGGAGUGUGGCCAUUGCACCGCAUAUGCAUUAGGACUCCCCUGCCAGAUGAUGUCUGUGGGGGAGAAGCAAAGGCGGACCCGAGUCAGUGCCAAGGGAUAUUGGCGCUGGACUGAGGUAAGUGACAGAAGGUUUUUUUUUUUUUACCCUUUAUGCCCCACGGUGGGAGGGGAAUGAGGGAAGAAAAGUUUUCCUGGCACUCUAGUUUCCCUUUAAAUGUUAGAGAGACUGUGUGGGUAACCUGUAGAGGAAGUGUAGUUAGAACUGCAUAAACAAAGUUUAUGGAAUAGCUUGCCUAUUGCCAUGAGACUCUCCCCUAGUCUUCAAUCAUUUAAGAAGGGCCUUAAAACCCAUCUCUUCAGGAAAGCUUAUGGCCUCCCAGAGUAAUCUCUACCUUACAUACCUGUCUUCUGCUCUCUCCUAUGGGACAGUGCUUUGCUCUCUCCUCCAGCUCUGCACUCCUACUUGAUAUUUCCUGUCCUAAUGUUUCUAAUACCCCACCUCCUAUAGCAUGUAAGCUCGUUUGAGCAGGGUCCUCUUCAACCUAUUGUUCCUGUAAGUUUUCUUGUAAUAGUCCUAUUUAUUGUUAAAUCCCCCUUCUCAAAAUAUUGUAAAGCGCUACGGAAUCUGUUGACGCUAUAUAAAUGGCAAUAAUAAUAAUAUAUGCCAUAGAAUUGAGUCGUUAGAGGGCUUCAGGGCAAUGAUCACUACAUCAAGCUUAAGUUGUUUUAGUGCUUAUAGUGUCCCUUUUAGGCUAUAAAGGGACAUUCUAAGCACCAAAACAACCUUAGCUUUGUGAAGCAGUUUUGGUGUAUAGAACAUUCACCUGCAGUCUUGCUUCUCAAUUCGCUGCAAUUUAGGAGUUAAUCACUUUUGUUUCUGUUUGUACAGCCCUAACCACAUCUCUCCUGACUGACUCACACGGCUAACAUAAAAAAUGGUCUAAUUUCAUUAAUAAAAAAACCAAUACAUAAAUAUUGGCACUCAACAGGCUAUAGGUGCUGUUAUUGAGGUUGCCUGCCCUACGAUAUAAUAGGAAAAAAAACCUGAUGUUACAGCACUCAAAAAAUACAAUUUUAAUUACUUUUAUAUGGGCAAUAAUGCCUAUAUCUUGCAGAGAUUUGAUAGGCCAAAAAGUUAUAGCAGAAUUGAAAGAUACAUAUGUAAGCAUAUAAUGUAUGUGCCUAAACCUAAGGAUCCAUCACCAGUAUAGAAAGAUAAAAAUAAAAAAAUAAAAAUUGAAAAAUAUGUACAAGCAUAUAAAUAAAAUGUACCCUGCGCAAGAAUCUCUAUAAUCUCUCAUAUGUUAAUUUUUUUAUGUUAGCCGUGUGAGUCAGUCAGGAGAGAUGUGGUUAGGGCUGUACAAACAGAAACAAAAGUGAUUAACUCCUAAAUUGCAGCGAAUUGAGAAGCAAGACUGCGGGUGAAUGUUCAUCAAUAGUAGGAUACACUGUUAAUACUUAAAUGUGGAUAAGUGCAAGAUAAUGCAUCUUGGACGUAAAAACCCAAGGGCAGAGUACAGAAUAUUUAAUAGAGUCCUAACCUCAACAUCUGAGGAAAGGGAUUUAGGGGUGAUUAUUUCUGAUGACUUAAAGGUAGGCAGACAAUGUAAUAGAGCAGCAGGAAAUGCUAGCAGAAUGCUUGGUUGUAUAGGGAGAGGUAUUAGCAGUAGAAAGAGGGAAGUGCUCAUGCCAUUGUACAGAACACUGGUGAGACCUCACUUGGAGUAUUGUACGCAGUAUUGGAGACCGUAUCUCCAGCAGGAUAUUGAUACUUUAGAGAGAGUUCAGAGAAGGGCUACUAAACUGGUUCAUGGAUUGCAGGAUAAAACUUACCAGGAAAGGUUAAAGGAUCUUAACAUGUAUAGCUUGGAGGAAAGACGAGACAGGGGGGAUAUAAUAGAAACAUUUAACUUCAUAAAGGGAAUCAACACAGUAAACGAGGAGACUGUAUUUAAAAUAAGAAACUACCACAACAAGGACAUAGUCUUAAAUUAGAAGGGCAAAGGUUUAAAACUAAUAUCAGGAAGUAUUACUUUACAGAGUGGGUAGCGGAUGCUUGAAAUAGCCUUCCAGCUAAAGUGGUAGAUGUUAACACAGGGAGUUUAAGCAUGCAUGGGAUAGGCAUAAAGCUAUCCUAGCUAUAAGAUAAGGCCAGGGACUAAUGAAUGUAUUUAGAAAAUUGGGCAGAUUAUAUGGGCUGAAUGGUUCUUACCUGCCGUCACAUUCUAUGUUUUCAAUAUCAAUACAAGUUUCAGGAGAAAAUCUUUUUAAGAUUUAAUUUUUGGUGGUUUUCUACCAUACAAUAGUCUCUUUGGAGGAUAAUCCAUUAUUUGUUAUGCAAUAUAAUAUAAUUUUAAAGGAGCACUAUAGGGGCAGGUACACAAAUAUGUAUUCCUAACCUUAUAGGGUUAAUACCACCGGGGGGAGGGGAGCAAAAAAAAGUGGAUCCGAAAGACUUAUUACAGAGCCUUAAAAUAGCCGGACUUAACGUAUUAUUACAACAAGAAACAUGGUCAAGAUAAAUCAAGGUCCGGAUUGCAGAAAUAAUCAGUCAAGACAAAGCCGGGUCAGGAUACCCAAAAUCACAAGGUCACUAAGAAGCAGAGUCUGGUUACCUGGAAAUUACGAUGCCGAGAUCAAACACAGAAAAUCACUAGGAGCACAAAGCAAAUAUCUAUACAGAAACCACGAUAGGGCAAUGAAUGAAGGCUAAAACAAGCCUAAAUGACGUGGUCCCUUUAAGGUCAUGACGUUCUGGCAAAAUAUUUUAUUUAUAGGGACGGCAUAGAUAGUACUUCCCUCCGAUCCCACGAACACUUCCCUCUGCUGGUUCGCGGGACCGAAAGGAAGGACUGUAUUCAGGCCAAGCGGUGCGUAAUACGGCCACACAUUGUGUUCUGCCUGUGUGGCCCGAGGAGGGGAGCGGCGUGGAUAACAAUAACAGGUAAGUUCACGACAAGUAUACAAAAAAAAGAGGAAAAAAAAUUGCCAAAAAAAACGUACACGUUUGUAAAAGAAAGUUUUAAAUACUUGUCUCAUGGCUCAGAUCUUACUACUUCUUUGGGAGCCAUUGCUGUUAUUCAAAUGUGAUGUUUGGAGCGGAGAGAGAGGUUCCAUAUAACCAGUGGAUGAACCUUCUCCAAUUUCUGGGUUUUCAGACUGUUGCCCAUCUGCAAGUUUUUCCAUGGGGGUUCUUGUGAGGGUUCAGACCAGGGCUGCAGGCGCUGGUUCCAUAAUAUCUUUCUUUAGAACAGCUGCCCAAAACUGCACAGCAUAUUCAAAGUGUGGUCGUACCAGUAAUUUUAUGAAAAGGCAAAAUUAUAUUUUCAUCCAGAGAAUUAAGGCCCCUAUUUAUAUAUAAUACAUUAUUUGCCUUAGCAACUGCUGAUUGACAUUUCACAUUGUUCCCUAGUUUGUUGUCUAUAACAUGUUCUUAACAUGCAACUAAACUGUUUAUGUUUUUUUUGUUUGUUUUUUUUCCUUUCUUUCUUUAGAGCGUAAAUGAAAGCUACAAGCAUAAUCUCCAGAAGCUGCAGAAAUUUGUUAUGGUGAAAUUCCUUAAAGAUACCAUGGUUGUUCCACCAGAUUCAGAGGUUAGUGAAUAAACCUACAUAUAACCAGAAGAUAGAUCUAUUUAGAGGCAGUGGAGUAGCUGUCUGAGGGGUGGGGGAAGGAGUGUCAAAUAGAGUGCGCACCUUACCGCAGGUAGGCAGUCUGCAUAUAAGUAGUGUUUUGAACUGGUCCACUGGUAGUAGUGGAAGGACCAUAAAACCAGCUAUGUUUGGGUGGACGUGUGGACCAAUUAUUUCUUAUAAAAUCUAAAGUGUUUUUGUACUUUUUCUUCUUCACAGUGGUUUGCAUUCUACAAACCAGGACAAAGUAUAGAUAUUGUCCCAUUACAGAACAGCACCCUGUAUACUGAGGUAAGAAAAUACAUCUACACAUUCCAUUUUUUGUUUUGUUGUUGUUUAACAAAGCUGUAGUUUGUAUAUACGAGCUCUAUGCAUAUUUCAUAAACCUUUCCUGUGCAGGGAUUAUGACCUAAAGUCCAGCAGCAUAAUUCAUGAAAAUACAUUAAUGAAAGUACUUGGUAGCUAUAAAUGAUGUUAUUGUGUCCAGUCCUUAACUGCUAUACAGACUAUUCUAGAAAGCUAUGAGUAGACAAUGUACAAUAACUUGUGGCAUCUAACUUUUAUCUCAGUGGAGAACCUAUACGCAGGACUGGGGAGCUUGAUUAGCAAGUGGUUCUGAUGCUAGGUGUUUUAUCUUUUGAUAAUAAAUCCUUGACACACUGAGGAGUAUAUAUGUGGUUAUUUCUGUCUUGAUUCAGUCAGUGUCAAAACCUGAAUGCUUGUGACUCUCUUUAUUUUCUAUCUUUACUGUGACUGGAAACUGAGAAAUGGAGGGGGGGGGGGGGCAACAACAAAAACAAAGUUGCAUUGUGUAAUAUAGUAAGCAUUAAAAUAAAAAAAUCUACAAUGAAAGGAAACCUUUUAUAUGGAUUCCUAAUGCAGUGUGGUAUAGUAAAAUUCAGUGAAAAUCCUUGGAUUUGCAAUUGAGACAUUUUACUAAAAGGAAAUAAAUUAAAAAAAUAAAAAUAAAAAGUAUCCUCCCCACAUACAGGCAGCUUAGAGGUAGUACAUGACCACAUGGAGAUUUCCACCUUUCUUCUAUAAGACAGACAGGCUACUAGAAGACACAAAAAAAUAUUAUAUACAAACACAAUAUCUACAGUGGAAAAAUGAAACAAAAUCAUCAUAGAGUAAUAUUGUAUAAACACCAUAAGAUAAAACGGUGUAUAUUGCACUCACAAACACAUUGAUAGUAGGCAUAUCAAAUGGUGUUGAAAUCUUCAGCACAGAUGGACAGACAUAUGGGAACAAAAAUAAAGAAAUAAUGGUGCAUAACAUAUGAUACUAGAAAAGCUGUGCUUUAAUAUGAGAAAUACUUACAGGAUUACUGUAGGAUACAGGCACAUCAAAUUAAAUAGAUGUUCUUUCCACCCAGUUUAGGUCUUGGUCUUUCCUGUUGAUCACCACUCUUCAAUCGGUUUAAGCACAUAAAUCUUUAUUAACUCGCAUAAAACAUCAAAAAAAUAAAAUGAAUAAUGAAAAAGUUCCCUUUAAAUGUCUAAACCCUACACGUUUCGUCCGGUAUGGGUCCGAACUUCCUCUGGGGUAAUAAGUUAGUUACACUCCUAUCAUGGAAGGAAUCAAAGCAAUCUGUAGUCCUAUCCAGUUUCAGCACAUCAAGAUAAGAUCAGACAAUCUUAUGACAGUGGCUUAUCUCAACAGACAAGGUGAAACUUGUUAAUCAGCCCUAGCUCUUCUAUGCUAAAAUAAAUAGUUGUGGGCGGAGAUUAUCUUCCUUCUAAUUUGGCUGUCUACAUCAAGGCAGAUGUCAAUGUAGUAGUAGAUCCCUACGCAGAAAUCACAUCAUGGGGAUUGGUCUCUAGGUCCUUAUUUUUCAGGAGCGAAGAGGUUUGGCAGCCCAGAAGUGGAACUCAUGGCUUCAAAAAUAAAAACAAAAGUACAACGAUUUGCUUUCAUCAACAGAACAGACCAGCCACUUCCUAGAUGCAUUGGCAAUGAAAUGGCACUUUGGACGGGCUUACAUUUUUCCUCUCAUCAUUCUGAUUCUGUGAGUUCUGCAAAAACUCAUUCAGGACAAAGCCAGAGCUUUAGUAAUCAUCCAAUUUUGGCCUUGCAAAAGUUUUACUCCAUGGAGGCUCUUUCAAAGUGGAAUUACUGGUCCCUACAAACGUCGAAGACUUUCGAACUGACAGCCUGGUCUCUGAGUGGCAGACUCUGCUUCUAGAGGUCUGACUUCCAAAGUGGUAGACAUACUGGUAGCCACAAAAAUGGAAUCAUCCAGUAUAUGGAGCACGUUUUGUUACCAGGUGCCGAGGCAUCAAUAUUGAUCUUCUCUAUUCAUUGCAUUCUCAGGUUUCUACAAAGUAAGUUUGCCAAAAGUGGAUAAUGCUUUAGUAGAGGAGAGCAUUGUAGCCCAGAGAAAUAGCGUCCUCCCUCAAAGUGCUUUCAGCUUUUCGUUUUUAUACCAUUAGAGAUCUGACUUCCAAAACACUAGUGUCCUUGCUUCAUUUCAUCAGAGCAGUCUCUAAUCUGGUACCCAUUAUCAGAGAGAUUAUCCCUCCUUGGGAUUUCAUCUAAGUCUUGAUGCUCCUCCGCUCUCGUUUUUUGGGGGCAUGUUUUGAAGUCGAAUGCAUAUGCCAAAACGUGCAUUUGCAUACUUAUUUAUUUUUUCCACUGAUAACAUGGGAUGGGAAUUUGAGGGAAAAUAUGCCUAAUUAUUUGGGAUUGAUACUUUGAGAAGAUGCUCUAUUAAGGGUUAUAAGUGUAUGGGUCUGUUUUAUUCAUGACAAAGUAUUCUAUGUGGAGCAUUCUUAAACCACUUCGCCCCAUGUCCUUGUAUGUAUGUUAGAUUCACCCUGAUAUUUAUGUAAAGAUGCAAUAUUGAUAUAGAGCCACCCCCUAAUCACCCACCUGUUACUCACCUUUAAAGGAACACUGUAGUCACUAUAACCAUUUCAUCUCUUUGAAUUGGUCAUAGUGCGUAGAGUUCCCUGGCACUGUUUCUCCAUUCAGUGUUAAACCAUGUUUGAGCUGUUAAGCACUAAAUAAGGGUCCCUGGCCACCCACAGUCCAGCACACUUCCCUGUUGACAUACAGAUUCAUACCGCCACUUGGAGCUCUGGUAGACUUGAAGCAUUCAGCCAAUCACAGCUGCUCCAUUGCUGCUCAGGCUAAUACUUCCUCAGUAGCCAAAGCCAUACAGAGGGGGCGGGGAUGCUGGGGACUCUCGUUUACCAUUAAAACAUUUAAAAACUGUUUAAUGCUGAAUGAAAUGACGGUACCAGGGGACUCCGGACACAAUAACCAGUUUAAUGAGAAGCAGCAGACACAGUGCCUACAGUGUCCUUUAACAACAGUGAGGCUUACUGACAAUAGAGUCUGUUAUACAAUUCGCUAAGUGAAUGUGAUUCAUAUCCUUGAUACUUUUUGUUAAUUCAGCUGUUGCUUUGUAACUCUAUCCUAAGCCUGUGAACUACAUGUUACUGUGUAUUGUGUGUAGGUAGAGAAUUUAUAUAGAAAAUAAAAAUAUAUAAUGUUUAUAUAAUAACACUAAUUGAGAAUAGUAGACAUCUUUCUCUACUCGAUGCUAAUCAUAACUGAGUAACUUUGGAGAUUAAGUUACUUCUCUAGUAACGUAUUGCUGCUUGACUGGGGAUUUUACUAAUCUAAAUUUAUCUUAUAAGGAAACUGUUGUAUUAAUUAUAGUAAGUUACUAUUUAAAGGCCUACUUUGGGUCCCCCUAGUGUUGACCCUUAAUAUAUCAACAUUUUUUUUUUGGUUUUUUUUUUUACACAGUUGCACAAAAUAACUUAAACAAUAACAAGCAUAAAACAAAAAAAGGGAAACGGGGGACAGGAACUCCAUCACCCCCUAUCUAUCUCCUCUUCUUUCACUCUCUCCCCCCUGUCCUCCACCUUAAGCCAAACCUCCACACACAAAAAAAGGAAGAAAAAAAAAUCCAGUGUCCACAAAUUAAAUUAGCCAUCUUUUCCUUUAACAUCAUUAGAGGAUUUUACUAGUAUAUCCCACACUUCCCACGUUUCCCCUUUUUGUUCCUCUAUUAAAUCGAAUUUUUGCAAUAUAGGUUCAAUAUUAACUAAUCCAUACCCCUAUUAAUGGACACGUUUUUCCAAGAGCUCACUAUUAAAGUUUUGGCAAAAUUAAUAACCUAAUAACAAAUGAGUGCUACUCCCAAAAAGGGGUAAUUAUCGGGCAACAAAAAAAAAAUUUAAAAUAUCCACCCUUUUGAGGUUCACAUCUCCAACAUCUGUUACUAACAUGAGGUGCAAAUCUCUUUAUUCCUACCAGUGUUCUAUAACUUCUAGAUGAUAAUUUGAUAGCUUGCUCUUGGUAUCUAACUGCUUUCAAGCCAUUUUUUUUUUUUUAAAGUAAUUUUAAAUAUUUAAUCAAUUUCUGAGGUUCCAAGGGUAAACCUAAAUCCAUCUUCCAUAAUCUACAAAAAGAAGUCCUUUCUAAACACUCUGAUAUUCAAAGUUUUUAUACAUUACGUAGAAACUGUUCUCGUAAUGAAGAUUUUAAUGAACAAGCCCAUACUCUCAAAGAAAAAUUAAUUGAUAAAAACGAUUCCCCAGAUAAUCUUGAUAAAUCCCUUAAAGCAGUAAAAGAAACAGAUCAGAUCUCUUAGUAUACAAAACAAAAAAAUGACAGACUCCUCUUUUAUGCCAAUUACUUUUAAUUUCAAUAAGAACAGUUACCAAGUAAAAAAAAUUAUUAAACAUUGGCACAAGAUGACACUCUUAAAGAAUUUAUCCCCAAAAAAACAAACGUAGUUAGAAACAUAGAAUGUGAGGGCAGAUAAGAACCAUUCGGCCCAUCUAGUCUGCCCAAUAUUCUAGAUACUUUCAUUAGUCACUGGCCUUAUCUUAAAGUUAGGAUAGCCUUAUGCCUAUCCCACGCAUGCUUAAACUCCUUUACUGUGUUAACCUCUACCACUUCAGCUGGAAGGCUAUUCCAUGCAUCCACUACCCUCUCAGUAAAGUAAUAUUUCCUGAUAUUAUUUUUAAACCUUUGUCCCUCUAAUUUAAGACUAUGUCCUCUUGUUGUGGUAGUUUGUGUUCUUUUAAAUAUAGUCUCCUUUACUGUGUUGAUUCCCUUUAUGUAUUUAAACGUUUCUAUCAUAUCCUCCUGUCUCGUCUUUCCUCCAAGCUAUACAUGUUAAGAUCCUUUAACCUUUCUUGGUAAGUUUUAUCCCGCAAUCCAUGAACCCGUUUAGUAGCCCUUCUCUGAACCCUCUCUAAGGUAUCAAUAUCUUUCUGAAGAUACGGUCUCCAGUACUGUAUACAAUACUCCACGUGAGGUCUCACCAGUGUUCUGUACAAUGGCAUGAGCACUUCCCUCUUUCUACUGCUAAUACCUCUCCCUAUACAACCAAGCAUUCUGCUCUAUUACAUUGUCUGCCUACCUUUAAGUCAUCAGAAAUAAUCACCACUAAAUCCCUUUCCUCAGAUGUUGAGUUAGGACUCUAUCAAAUAUUCUGUACUCUGCCCUUGGGUUUUUACAUCCAAGAUGCAUUAUCUUGCACUUAUCCACAUUAACUGUCAGUUGCCACAACUCUGACCAUUUUUCUAGUUUACCUAAAUCAUUUGCCAUUUGGCUUAUCCCUCCUGGAACAUCAACCCUGUUACAUAUCUUAGUAUCAUCAGCAAAAAGACAUACCUUACCAUCAAGACCUUCUGCAAUAUCAGUAAUAAAAAUAUUAAAGAGAAUGGGUCCAAGUACAGAUCCCUGAGGUACCCCACCGGUGACAAUUCCAAGCUUUGAAUAUAUUCCAUUAACUACAACCCUCUGUUGCCUGUCACUCAGCCACUGCCUUUGGGUGUAUUCCAUCAGGUCCCAUUGACUUAUGUCUUUACUUUUGACAGUUGAAAUAGAACCUCUUCCUCUGUAAACUCACGUGUAAUAAAUGACUCCUUUAUCCUUUUUCUUAACUGAGAUCCCUUUCCUUCAUUUUCAUCUGUAAAUACAGAACAAAAAUAUUCAUUGAGGCAGUCAGCUAGACCUUUAUCCUCUUCUACAUACCUUCCUUCUUUUGUUUUUAAUCUAACUAAUCCUUUUUACUUUUCUUUUCUCAUUUAUGUAUCUAAAAAUAUUUUGUCCCCCUUUUUUACUGACACUGCUAUUUUCUCUUCUGUGUGUGAUUUGGAAGCUUUUAUAACUUGCUUAGCCUCUUUCUGCCUAAUCUUAUAGAUCAUUUUGUCUUCCUCACUCUGUUUUUUUUAACUAUUUUGGCCACAUCUGCGGAGUACCACAGUGGUUUCUUGAAUUUUUUGCUUUUACUGACAAGCCUAAUGCAAUUUUAUGUUGCCUUCAAUAGUGCAACUUUUAAAUAAUAGUUUUUAGAGGUGCUCCUAGUUUUAGAUCUAUUUUAACUAAAAUUACACUAAAUCUACCACUAAUCAAUCCUUAUCCUUUUUAUCCCAAUGUAAAGGCUUCUUCAAAUGGAGUAGAUGUUUAGUUUGCAAAUCUACAGACCAAAGUAUCCAAUCCAAAACUACACAUUUCACAUCAAAUAUCACCAAAAAAAAAGCAUACCCCAUUAAAGACCUUGCUGCAAUACUAAGAAUGUAAAAUACCUACUGGAGUGCCUGUGUGGCCUCCAGUACGUUGGGAUGACUACCUGGUGCUUAAAAACAAGACUAGCGGAACACUGUCGAAAUAUUAUCAAAAAGAUACCCAAAACACUCCGUGUCCAAACACUUUUUUAAAUCCACGAUAAGAACCUUAAACAUCUAAAAUGUAUAGGUAUCCAAAAAUGCAAAAUAACUUGGAGAGAUGGUGAUUUUAAAAAGAUCAUAGGUCAAAAAGAAAUGCACUGGGUCUGCCUUAUAAAAACCCUUGUCCCUAUUGGAUUAUAUGUAGAUUUUGAUCUUUUUAACUUCUUAUAAAUAUGUGCAUUUUAACAUAUGGAGGUUUUCCUUUAAUUUUAAUUUAUAUAUUAACAUAUACACUGAUCUUAUCAUACUUUGUUUUAUCAAAACCGUUUUCAUUUAUGCAUUUACAUAUUGUAUUUUUUUUGUAUGUCAUCUUAAUUGUUAUAUAUAUUAGAGUUCCAAUAUUAGACUCUAUUGUUGUUUUUCCUUUUACUUUAUGCUAUAUCUUUAAUAUUUUCAUGUGACCCUUAUCCUCACCCCCCUUAUUUUAUUUACCAUUCCCUCCCCCAUAUGGCCACUACUCCCUUUAUAUAUUUUUAGCCCUCUUAUAUCUGUCCCUUUGUGCAGCUGCAUAUCUAAUUGAUUUUGUCAAUGAUGCUUUAAUUACAUUAAAUAUAGAACUGACCAGCUGCAAAUUUGGAACCGAUUUUAUAGCAUUCUGCUCAAAAUUAUUAGUUUUCACUAGGUUACAUUUGGACCAUAGUGAAUAAAUCCCCCACUUAUUAUAUGCUAUGUGGCCUGUAAGAGUUAUGAUGUUAACAGAGGCUCAACGUUUCCACUAAAAAUUGAGUCCUGGUGAGUGUGCCUUCGACGCUCCAGACUUACAGUAGGAAGUAACUUUUUGGCCUGUCUAGUAGUAUAGAACUUGAAAUUUUCAUCCCUGAAAUAGUCAGACUUAGACAGAAAUAGUUUAAUUAAGGAAAAAGGGAGCUGUGGUCAGAAGUGGUAUAUCAGCAAAAUGUUUGAAUAGGUGGUUUCUAGAAUUGGUGCUGCAUUUCACUUAUUGGAUGUAAAGAGGCAAUUUGUUCCAAUGGUAGGAGGCUAAGAGACAACGUGAGUCUAAAUGUGCAUAAGGUUAUGGUUGUACAGGAGGAUGCAAAGAGGGGUUUUAUUGUUUGUUUAAACUUUGUGGUAGACACUUAUUUUACCAUGGAAUAGCAUUACUUUUUUAAAAUGUACUUCACUAAGCAAUGAUCUCUGUCCCUACAGGAUCGUUUGGGAUUAAGAGAAAUGGACAAAGCUGGGAAGCUGGUGUUCCUUGGUGUGGAGGGUGACCACCUGAGCUUCACAGAUGAAUGGUUUAAUGAGAACAUCUUACCAUUCCUGCACUGAGUACCCUUGAAACUGUACCAUUGUCACAAACUGCUGAAUCAAUCACUUUGUUGAUAUUGUGAUGAUCCUCACUGGAAGGAGCCAGGAGCCCUAUGCAUUCUUUAGUUCUCCCUAUAACACUGUCCUAACAGAACUUUAGGUAGAAAUUGACUGCGUUUCAGUAACUGCAUCAUUUUUAAAGAUUUUUAUUUUUUCAAAGAGACCAUUUUUCUGCAUAUCAAAAUGCAUAGCACUGAUGAGAGGGAAUUCCUCUCAAGACCGCAUAUAAUCUAUAAAAUAGCAACACCCUUCCAAGUUUGUGUUUUAAUUAAAAUAAAUAAAAAUCUUAAACUAUUCCAAGUUAAUGUCUUUUCAUGAUAUUCAAUUUUCUUUUAUUCUACCGGCUGAACAGAAAUGUACC